GUUCUUACGUAUUUGGCAGAAGGUGAAGGUGAUCCUUCAACCCCGAUGGAGGCUGCCUUGGGCAACACAUUGGAGACAGAAAAACAAAAUUCAGCUGGUCCAGAGGGAAGAAAAGUCCCCCAGACCCCCCAGGUGGGGAGCAGCAGAAACCACUGGGAAAUGUCUGUGCAGAAGAUGUUGGGGGAAGACCCCUUCAGCUCAGACUUUCAGCAGCAGCACUUCAGACGAUUCCGCUACCAGGAGGCCGAGGGUCCCCGAGAGGUUUGCAGCCGACUCCACAAUCUGUGCCGACAAUGGCUGAAGCCAGAGCAACACACGAAGGCUCAGAUCCUGGACCUGGUGGUCCUAGAACAGUUCCUGUCUGUCCUUCCCCUGGAGAUGGAGAGCUGGGUGAGGGAAUGUGGAGCGGAGACCAGUUCCCAGGCGGUGGCCCUGGCCGAAGGCUUCCUCCUGAGCCAGGCAAAAGGGAAGAGGCAGGAAAAGCGCCAGGUCCAGGGACUGUUGGCGCAAGGGGCUGCUGAUUUCCCCGAGGGAGCGAAGGCUCCAUCCGGCAGGCGAUCGAGAGUGCCGUCCAGGGGGAUCCAGGCUGGCAGAGAGGCCCCCUCGCUGGGAAGUGAAGCGAUGCUGGAGAAACAUUCUGGGUUGUCCCUUCUUGGCAGUGGAGUGGGAAGAGUUCCUGCACAGUCAGACCAGGGCCCGGUGACCUUUGAGGAGGUGUCUGUGUGUUUCACCGAGGAGGAGUGGGCACUCCUGGAUCCGGACCAAAAGGCCCUGCACCGGGAAGUCAUGGCGGAGAACUGUCGCUGCGUGGCCUCUCUGGCUGAUGGAUGGGUGAGCGAGAAUGAGAAAAACGCACCCAGGGAGUCCCUGGAAGGACCCAGAGGCGGAAAGGAAGGACAACGGAUGAGGGGAGUCAAGCAGACGCAACGAGACGUGUCUUCUGCUCAUCGAGGUGAUGACAUCCGUAAAGACUCAGUCCAGAGAAAAACACAGAAAGGCAAUGUAGGCCUUAAGUGCUCACUGUGUGGGAAGAGUUUCAAUUGUAAAUCGAGCUUAAGGUAUCAUUUGAAAACUCACACUGGGGAGAAACCAUUUCAGUGUUCUGAAUGCGGGAAGAGCUUCCAUCACAGGCCACACCUUAUCCAACACCGAAUAACCCACACAGGGGAGAAGCCGUUUAAGUGCCUGGAGUGUGGAAAGAGCUUCUCUCUGAAGAGAACUCUUACUGAUCACCAAAGAACCCACACGGGGGAGAAACCAUUUAAAUGCUUGGAGUGCGGAAAGAGCUUUGUGCAGAAGGUGCGUCUUAUUUCCCAUCAAAUGAUCCACACAGGCGAGAAACCUCAUCAGUGCUUGGAGUGCGGAAAGAGCUUUGGUUGGAGGUCAAGCCUUGUCAAUCACCAAAUAUUGCACACUGCAGAGAAACUGUUUCAAUGUUCAGACUGUGGGAAGAGCAUCAAUUGGAGGGAAAGCCUUACUGAGCACCAAAGAACCCACAUAGGAGAGAAGCCUUUUAAAUGCUUGGAAUGUGGAAAGAGCUUCUCUCGGAAGAGAAAAUUGACUGAGCACCAAAGAACCCACAUAGGAGAGAAGCCUUUUAAAUGUUUGGAAUGUGGGGGGAGUUUCAUACCGAAAGUGCAACUAACUUCCCAUCAAACGAUCCACACUGGUGAGAAACCUUAUCAGUGCUUGGAGUGUGGAAAGAGCUUCGCUCGGAAGAGUUUCCUUACAGAGCACCAAAGAACCCACACAGGGGAGAAACCGUUUAAAUGUUUGGAGUGUGGAAAGUGCUUCGCUGUGAAGAGAAACCUUAUUGGGCACCAAAGAACCCACACAGGAGUGAAACCGUUUCAAUGUUUGGCGUGUGGAAAGAGCUUUUCUGUGAAAAGAAGCCUUACUGAGCACCAAACAACCCACACCAAAUAACCCACACAGGGGUUUGGAGUGCGGGAAGAUCUCACACAGUGUGAAACCUUUUAAUUUUUAGAAUGUGGUCACAGGGGAAAACCCUUCCCACCCAUGUUCCCCAGUGAGACCACCUUACGCCUCCCAUAUGUGCCUGCCCGGACCUUAAGAUUAUCCACAGGGGUCCUUCUCCAUGAGCCCCUGCCAAAGGAAGUGAGGCAGUUGGCUGCUAGGAGGAGGGCUUUCUCUGCUGUGGCACCCCGGCUGUGGAACGAGCUCCCCAGAGAGAUCCUACAUUCUUUUCCUUUCGUCGCCAGCUGAAGACUUUUUUAUUUUCUCAGUAUUUUGACACCUAAUUUAACUUAAAUUUAAACUCUGCUGUUUUAAUCUCAUAUUUUAACCUAUAUCAAUUUUUGCUGUGUGGUUUUAUCC